AUGGCCUACCACGAGAGGUCGAAGCAAUUCGACGAGUACCAGCUGGCUGUCACCUGCGUUUCACGAAUCUUGACAAGCGCCGGGCUCGCUGCUCCUUGGGCCCAGAUGGGUUGGGGACACUCAGUUCCCGAGUCUGCCGCGGCAUACGAGGUUGACACCGGCCUGCCAGUACACCUUCUUACAUUUGCCGACCUCAUGCCUGGGUUUACGAUGACGACGAGCUCGUGGGGGCUGAACCUGGCGCAUAACGAGUGGCGUAACGGCAUCAUUGGGAAAGGGUUGGUGUCCAAGACUGUCAUCCGCAAGGAUCGCAGCCAUGGAACGACUGCGCAAAUCUCAAGGGCAAGGUUGAGCCGUGAGCUACGGGCGCUGCUCAGCCAGUCUGGGGUGGAUUAUUCGGAGGAUUUACCUCAACCGGACAUGGUCGAUCACGACAAGGUGCGCGCGCUGCUGGACGACUGGCGGUCGAACCCUAGCAUGGUCAUUGAUCUGCCGCCCCCGACCGGUGAGCUGCUGGAGGCGGUGGGCGACGAGCCCGAGCCAUGGCAAGCGGCACUUCUGGCAGGCGUGGAGGAUUGUCUGCCCUUCAACCCAUACGUCCACUACUUGUGCUGCGCGGUGUCAAACUGUCAUUUGAAAGAGAUCCGCCCACAGGAUCUCGACUGGCUUGUCGAGGGCUACAAAGAGCUGGUGUUGUUCAGGGAGUCACGCCGGGAGAACUGGUAUAACAAACGGAUCCCGGACUACUUCGGGCCUGCGCCGACGGGCCUGUAGCCCUCCCCCGCCCCCUCCCUCAUUCGUGCCGAAACAUCUUGAUCUUCAAACAUGAACUCUUGUCGGGACUGUGUAUGCCUUCUUCUCGGGUUGGGGCGCGAAUGAAUGAGUUCUGGGUGGCAUAUGCAAAGGGAAGAGACGGGAGAGACAUAAUCCCUUGUGUGCCGUCUUGACGAGACGAUGGAUUCGCAGGCUUCAGCUUUGGCGCUGCAUUAGGGCUAUGGUUUUUCGUUUAGACAUCCAUUCGUUCUUUCGCUCAUUCUUUGCACCUUCCGCUCUUAUACGUUGGAGAGUCGCAGCAUCGAUCUGCGCCACUAGGUAGACCUUUCGGCGGUAGGGGACCCCCUGAAGGGAUCACCACGAUAUUCGAGAGCAAAUAGGCCGUUGGCUGUCAGACCUUCGUUUCCUC